AUGGACAUGCAUGGCGCCACAUCCAUGGGGUCCCAUGCGGCGGCCGGAAUUCCCCCGGGUCAAGACUCAUACAUCCAUCAAUAUGCCCCAGAUCCAGAAAGUAUCACCGUGCAGGGUCAAAAACCGCUUCAUUUUGAACCAACCGAACUUUCGGAACCACCUGCGAAACGGCUGCGGAUCACGCACAAGGCCUAUGAGACAGUUUCAGCAUCAAUUCCUCUAGGAAGUCUCGGAAACCAUGGCCCACAGUCGCAAAACUUCUUAUCUGAUGGAUCAAACUUCCUGGCUUCCACGGAGAGGCUGUAUACCGGUGGCAGCAGCAGUACCCCAAAUGAAUCGACCACCUCAACUGACUUGACAUCUUCCUUUGACCCGAAGCUAUCUACAUCUCCGCCUCCGAAAUUCUUACAGUCUCCUUCUACAAAGUCACCUGCAGUUGUCUUUGGGCCCAAUGUGUUAGAAAGCGGGAAAGUCGAUGUAUCCAAAUGUCGACCUCGAUCGUCCAUCCCAUCCAAGAUCCACCCCACAGUCUACGCUGAGCAAUGUGUCGAGGCGGCGUAUGCAUCUCGCUUGAAUCCAUAUGCCCUGCACCGUCAGGAACAAGAGUUGCUCCACGAUCACCUUUGCCAUGUCCACGUCACAAUCUACCUCAACAUAAGGAAUGGAAUCUUGCUACUCUGGGGUCGAAACCCCAUGGUGGCUGUCACGAGGAGGAAGCACUUGGAUGUGCGAAAGAUUGGCGCUGGAUGA